AAUGAUAGUAAUAUUGUGCACUUCGACAGGAGAGUUCGUUCUAUACGUUUUCAUAAAAAUAUCGGUCUCACAUUGUUGGAGAUUUACAGAUCAGUUGGUAAAAUAAUUAUUUCAAAUUGAAUUAACUUAGAUUUCUGAAUUUGAGUUAAGAAUUAUCAAUUUAAAUACUACGAAGAAUAUUAUUUAUUACUUAAUUGUGUAUUUUGUGUUUUUAUUUCAUCGUUAAAAUUAUUAUUAAAGUUUUCUGUUCUGUUUGAUUAUAUAUUUAAGUCAUUAACUUUUGACAAAUAUUUCUUAUGUGUGGAAUUAUGAUUAUCAAAUAACAAUAUCUGUUCAUGAAUACUUAAAUCAAGCUUUGGGAACAUGGCACCAGACCAAAUAGAGCCCAAUAAAGAGACAGGCGUAACUGCUUUUAGUAAUUAUGGAGCCUCUUUAAACACAGUCUUCAUUUCAGUACCUGCCAGUAUAUUUCCGACACGGGAAGGACAACUGUCUUCUGAAGAUGUAUCUAUUGGUGAUGAUGAGAAAGAUAAAUGCAACUCGUCUACGGUUAGCCACGAGGACGAUGACCUAACAUCACUAAGUUGGCUAAAUAACAAAAAUUUGCUCAAAGGAGUUCAUGAGCUACCCAAAUCUGAUUAUGUGGAUGACGCUUCCUGUGACUCUAAAUCCUCUAACAGUAAAUCACGAUCGCCAAUACGAUGCUGGUCUACUGUAUCUACACUAUCUAAAAUAUCUGCUUUACGAUCAUCAAGCUACGAUCCAAAAAUACAUAUUGAAUCAAAACCACCAUACUCGUUUUCAUGUUUAAUUUUCAUGGCAAUAGAAGAUUCUCCAAAAAAAGCAUUACCAGUAAAAGAUAUUUAUGAAUGGAUUGUUGAACAUUUUCCAUACUACAAAAAUGCACCUACUGGUUGGAAAAAUAGUGUUAGACAUAAUUUGUCUCUUAAUAAGUGUUUUAAAAAAGUAGAAAAAGCACCAAAUUUGGGUAAAGGAUCACUAUGGAUGGUUGAACCGUCUUACCGGCCAUGUCUUAUUCAAGCAUUACAAAAAACUCCUUAUACCAAAGGCUAUAAUAAAAAGACAGUAACAUCCAACUCUAUAAAUCAAUCUUUGCGAUAUUGUGUAGAAAAUGAGCACAAUGAUGAUGAAAUAUCGACUGUGAGCGAUGUAGAUGCAGCAACUGCAAUGUUGGUUUUAAAACAUGGUCCACAUGUACGCAUUGUUCAUGAUAAAGAUUGGAAAAUCACACAUUCAAAACCAGACACAGAUCCAGAAAUAGCAGAACUUUAUCCAAUAGUUACAAUAAGUCCAAGUGAAGAUCACACUUAUGAUAAUUGCUUUAAAAAUAACAGUAUAUACAAAGAAGAUGCGGAAGAAAGACGAAAAAUAGUAGAAGGAGCUGAUGCUUUGUUAAAUUUAGCUGGAAUUACAACUCGUCGCUUACGCAAACGUUCUUUAAGUUCAGAUUGUAUGGAUGUUAAAAGAGAGUGUUCAGAUAUACAUCGAAGUUCUUUCAUAAAAAAACAAACUAAUAAUAACAAUGAAGUAACAGCCGUACAGCUCCACAAGGACAAAUUCAGAUAAAAUUUAUUUAGUGAUUUUCCAUUAGCAUUAUGUUAACUAGUUAUUAUUUAUUUAACAUUACAUUUAUAGUUUAUUGUUUUACAGAAAAAUUAUUACUAUGUUAUGAAAAAAAACGGGUUAGUUUUAUAUAAAUAUAAAUAGUCUAUACUAAAA